CUGGACCCUAGCCUAGCGUGCAAUUCAGCUUCCGGCCUGUGACCUUCUCAACUCCAUUUGUGUGUGUCGCUCAUGAAUGUGUUCGUAUCUGAAGCCAAACGCGUUCUAUCGGAGGUAGAGCGAUUUCUUGCUGCUAUUGCCAACAAAUUGCCUCCUUCAUUAGACAAGGAACGCAGCAGCUUGUUGUACAAAAUCCUAGAAAUAAAAAGGAAACAUCAGAAUGAUCAUCCUGCACAGCCUCGUUUUCCUCCUGAACUUCACAACGCUGCUCCACCGCUUCCUGAUCGUCGAGGCAGUAGUGCUAGUCAGUCGAGCAGGUCCUCAUCUGGUCCGGCUGUUCCUCCUCGACCUUCGAGUAGCAUGUCUGAAACUGAGGUGUUUCAAGAAACAUAUGAUGUUGUUGAUGCUGAUGUAGGAUUUGACAAGAAAGCAAUAGCACCUAGAGAGAAGUCAAGGUCUAGUAGUGACCAGCCGUCAUAUUUGACCACUAGACAUGAGGGGAAGAUGGCAUCCGUAGAUGCAGACGAAUUGUAUGAACCACCCGGACUUCCCUCUGCUCCCAACAAACACGACGAGCUCUAUUUAGAGGCAGACACACAUCUUGAUUAUGACAAGAAUUAUCAUGUGAUGGAACAAGCAAACUGGCAAACGAAAAGUAUGGAGAGUGGUGGUCAACUAAUCACUGAUGAUGUCUACACAGAUAUGGAUGAAUCACCUUGCACUCCUAUGCCACCAACUACUAAAGCUCUCACAAUGAAACCAAAAUCAGUGGAUAAAGGCUCGGUGAAGAGGAAAGCGAACACACUCACAAGGGGGCAAGUAAUGUUGGACAGUAUCACCAAUCCAGAUUAUACAGGCAAACUAAAGAGAAAGACAACCAACAUUGUAGUCAAAUGGCUGGAACAAACUGUUGUUGUGAAAGACAACAUGAUAUUCAUUGGUGACAAGGAUAUAUGUGGGGGAGUUAAAGAAUUUUUCUCUCUAUCGGGUGCUGUGAUCGAGUCCACGAAAAUAGGCAAACAGCAGCAUACUUUCCAAAUCAAACCAACUCUUGGAAAGUAUGUGUGCUUUUCUGCUGAAAAUGCUGUCGAGAUGCAAGAGUGGAUUCGGGUGUUGAACAGGGCUGCAUCAAAAUCAGCUGCAAUGACAAACAGCUCAAAGGAGCUCGAUGAGGAUCGAGUGAAUGAGACAGAGCCAACAGACACACUCAUCACAGAAGAUCUCUAUGAAAUGCCAGAAACAGAUAUUGGCCAGCAGGUGCAGCCUCCUGGGAAAGAACCUGACAAGGAUGAAAUAUUCGUAGGAAAAUUCUAUCCUCAAGACAAGCGUGCAGAGUUCCAGCACAUUUACAAGGCACAGUAUGACUGCAUGGGCGAGGGUGAUGAUGAGGUGACUCUCAGAAGAGGUCACCUCAUAUUAAUUGACUUCAAAGAUCACAAUGACUGGUGGGUUGGCACGACUCAAACGCCGGAUGGGAAAUUUAAUGGAAAGAGAGGCUUUGUACCUCGAGCAUAUCUUACUCCAGCAUUUGAAAGUUUGUAGAAGAAUUAAAGAAGCAACAUCGACCAAGAGCCGCAUUUGUAGUUGGCUAUUUAUGUUUGUGUAGAUAUAGUUGACUUAGAUUUGUUAUUAUGCCUAUGCACCUUCCGACUAAGCAGGCUGUGUGUUAUUAGUCUGCAUGUGGAGGGAGUGUCUCGUGUCACGUGAGUAACUUCCUGGGCCGGGCAUUUAAAAUAAAUAUUGUCUCUGUGCGUGCA